GUCAGCUGACGCUGCUCUGUCGUCACGUGAGCGCCAGCUGAGCGCUGUUAGCUCAGAAGCUAACACAUGCUAACAGAAGCUAACAGAAGCUAACUGCUGUGACCCAUGGGUACAGUCGGUUGUUCCCGGGACAGUGACGCGGUAUCCCCGGUCCACGAUAACACCUGUUAUCAUCGGCCCCAGCCCCGCCAGCCCGCCACCCGCCGGCCCGGCUCCGUGUGCAGCUGCUCGGGUUUAUCUCCGUGACUUUUGCCCUUUGUUCUUUAUCACGCUAGCCAGUUAGCCUGUUAGCUUAUGAGCUGUUUAAAGGCAGCGCCGCUCACCGUCAAGCCACUGAGGCUAACUGGCUAACCGAGUGACCGACCGGCUGAGCGCCUGCUCCGGGCGGACAACUGCGGCACACGUGAUGGCCUCGGUCCGGGUGGCUGUCCGGGUCAGGCCCAUGAACAGGCGGGAAAAAGACUUGACUUCAAAAUGCAUCAUCAAGAUGGAAGGAACCAAAACCUCCAUCACUAACCUCAAGAUUCCCGAUGGCGUCACCGGAGAUUCGAUGAGAGACCGAACCAAAACCUUCACGUACGACUUCUCCUACGACUCCACCGACUGUAAAAGCUCCACGUUCGUUUCUCAGGAAAAGGUUUUCAGAGAUCUGGGCUCCGACGUGCUGAAAGCUGCGUUCGAGGGCUACAACGCCUGCGUCUUCGCCUACGGUCAAACCGGCUCGGGGAAGUCCUACACCAUGAUGGGAAAUCCAGGCGACGCAGGUCUGAUCCCGAGGAUCUGUGAAGGUCUGUUCAGCCGCAUCUUGGAGGCGACUCGAUGGGAUGAAGCGUCGUUUCGUACAGAAGUCAGUUACCUGGAGAUCUACAACGAGAGGGUGAGAGAUCUGCUGAGGAGGAAAUCCACUCAGACCUACAACCUGAGAGUCAGGGAGCAUCCGAAAGACGGACCGUACGUUGAAGAUCUUUCCAAACACCUGGUGCAGAACUACAGCGACGUCGAGGAGCUGAUGGAGGCCGGAAACAUCAACCGCACCACAGCCAGCACCGGCAUGAACGACGUCAGCAGCCGCUCACACGCCAUCUUCACCAUCAACUUCACGCAGGCAAAGUUUGAUGCAGAGAUGCCGAGUGAAACAGUCAGUAAGAUUCACCUGGUCGAUCUGGCCGGUAGCGAGCGAGCAGACGCCACCGGAGCCACUGGUGUCCGACUGAAGGAAGGAGGGAACAUCAACAAGUCACUGGUCACCCUGGGCAACGUCAUCUCUGCUCUGGCCGACAUGACGCAGGCUAGCGCGAACACCAACCUGAAGAAGAAGUCUGUGUUUGUUCCGUACAGGGACUCGGUGCUAACAUGGCUACUCAAAGACAGCCUGGGCGGCAACUCCAAGACCUUCAUGAUCGCCACCGUUUCCCCGGCGGACGUGAACUACGGCGAGACACUCAGCACUCUGCGCUACGCCAACCGAGCAAAGAACAUCAUCAACAAGCCGACCAUCAACGAGGAUUCCAACGUCCGGCUGAUCGGAGAACUGCGCGCUGAAAUUGCUCGACUGAAAGCUCUGCUGGUUCAGGGCAACCAGAUCGCGCUCCUGGAUUCACCCACCGCUCUGAGCAUGGAGGAGAAACUGCACCAGAACGAAGCCAGAGUUCUGGAGCUGACGAAGGAGUGGACCAAUAAAUGGAACGAGACCCAGAACAUCCUCAAGGAGGAGACUCUGGCUCUGAGGAAAGAGGGCAUCGGCGUGGUGUUGGACUCGGAGCUGCCUCACCUCAUCGGCAUCGACGACGACCUCCUCAGCACCGGAAUCAUCCUGUAUCACCUGAAGGAAGGACGGACAUACGUGGGCAGAGAGGACGCGUCCACAGAGCAGGACAUCGUCCUUCACGGUCUCGACCUGGAGAGUGAACACUGCAUGUUUGAGAGUCAGAGCGGUACGGUGACCCUGGUGCCUCUGGGUGGAGCUCAGUGCUCUGUUAACGGGGUUCAGGUGACGGAGCCGUCGCAGCUCAACCAAGGCGCCGUUCUUCUGCUCGGGAGGACAAACAUGUUUCGGUUCAACCAUCCGAAGGAGGCGGCAAAGCUGAGGGAGAAACGAAAGAGCGGCCUGCUCUCCACCUUCAGCCUGUCGAUGACGGAUCUGUCCAGGUCGUGUGAGAACCUGUCGACUGUGAUGCUCUACAACCCCGGUCUCUUCACUGAGAAGGGCCCCGUCUUCCUCAGGUUGGAGUUUGAGAGGCAGCAACGAGAGGAGCUGGAGAAACUGGAGCUCCAAAG